AGUGCAAACAUUACUAAAGGAAACCUUGAUGUCACAACUAAUGCUUGUGAGGCCAUAGGAGAAUUAGCGGUAAAGGGUGUCAAUAACGCACUAGUUGAGAACAGUGCAAUUACCCUCGGGAGACUAGCAUUGAUUCGACCAGACUUAGUUGCACCAUACAUGAAGCCAUGGUCCAUGGCAUUGUCAAUGAAAUAA